UCUGCCGAUCCCGCCUGGCGCCGGGUGCGGGUUCCCGUCGGGAACAUGGACGAGGCGCCCCUGCUGGGCGGGAUGUCCAGUCCCGAAGAGGAGAUGGGGCCCGACCUGUUCGGCGCAGAGGGUCGGUUUGUCUCGGAAAACACAGGCCUGAAGGCGCCGGCGGUGGUGAAGGCGGAGGAGGAGGAGUUCCACGUGUUUAAGGACCCCUACCUGAGCCCCGCGGGCCCCAAGGAGCCCCUGCUGCACGCCUUCAACCCGCCGCUGGGCGCGGACUUCGGCAGCAAGGUCAAGGUGGAGCUGCUGGUGGAUGACCACGAAGAGGAGAUCCUGGGCCAGUUCCCGAGUCUCGCCGAGCUCGACCCCCUGGAGGACGCGGUGCUCCCCGCGGCCCCGCCGCCCCCGCCGACUUACAACGUGCACCUGCUGUCCUCCCUGCUGACCCCGCACCGGAGUCCUGCCCUCGUGCCCCUGGGCGCCUGGGCCCUGGACGGGGCCGCCCACGCCGGCGUCCGGGUGAUCCCAGUGGAAGUGAAGGAAGAAGGUGGCGCUGUGCCGAGUGAGAGCGUGGAGGAGGCCGCUCUGCAGAACCCUCCGUCCCAGGAGCCCUGCAAGUUCCCGUGCUCGCAGGACGCCGAGGACUCUCAGAAGGACGGGAACACCAUGGUGCUGUGUCAGUUGAAAGGCGGGACACCAGUGCUGCGCACAGACAACCCGAGUGCGCGAGAACUAAAAGCACUCCAUUUGGUUCCUCAGUAUCAAGACCAAAACACUGCUCUGCAGUCAGAUGUCCCUAAACCAGUGACUACUUUAGUAGGAAGAUUUUUGCCAGUGCCAGCAAAAUUAAAUCUCAUUACACAACAACUGGACCACGGAGCCCAGCCGGCCGCGGCCUUGGGGUCUGCUCUGCCCUCGGGACCAGCCCUCCCCGCACCGCCCCGGAUAACGCUGGCUGGGUACUGCGACUGCUUUGCCAGUGGGGACUUCUGCAACAACUGCAGCUGCGAUGCCUGCUGCAGCCACUUACGCCACGGACUCGAGCGCUUCAAGGCCAUUAAGGCCAAAAUCAUGUGCUCCUCUAUCUGCAAAUGCAUUGGCUGCAAACAUUAUGAAGAAAGCCCCGAACAAAAAACACUCAUGGCCGUGCCAAACUACGCGGAAGCUGGCAGUUUUGAAGGCAGCCAUUACGUGUCAGGACUCCCCAAAUUCAGGAAGGAGAGGCGGUCCUCGUGCAUCUCCUGGGAGGUGGUGGAAGCCGCGUGCGCCUGUCUGCUGGCUCAGGGCGAGGAGGCGGAGAAGGGCCGCUGCUCAGAGGGCCUGGCCCAGCAGAUGGUCCUGGAGGAGUUCGGGAGGUGCCUGUCCCAGAUUCUCUACAUCGAGUUUAAGUCCAAAGGGUUGAAGAUGGAGUAG